CCCCUCGCCAUGAAGCGGCAGAACCUGCGCACGGCCGCGCUCAUCCUCUGCAUCUUCUCCUACCUGCUGGUGGGCGCCGCGGUCUUCGAUGCGCUGGAGUCGGAGGCGGAGAGCGGCCGCAAGCGGCUGCUGGAGCAGAAGCGCGGGGAGCUGCGGAGGAAGUACCGCUUCUCCGCCGACGAUUACCGGGAGCUGGAGCGCCUGGUGCUGCAGGCCGAGCCGCACCGCGCCGGCCGCCAGUGGAAGUUCGCCGGUUCCUUCUACUUCGCCAUCACGGUCAUCACCACCAUCGGUUAUGGGCACGCUGCUCCAGGCACAGACGCUGGCAAAGUGUUCUGCAUGUUCUACGCCAUCCUGGGCAUCCCCCUGACACUGGUCAUGUUCCAGAGCCUGGGGGAGCGCAUGAACACCGUCGUGAGGCUGCUGCUCAAGAAGAUCAAGAAGUGUCUGGGCAUGAGGACAACCCAUGUGUCCAUGGAGAACAUGGUCCUGGUGGGCUUUCUGUCCUGCAUGGGCACCCUGUGCAUCGGCGCCGCAGCCUUCUCUUAUUUCGAGGGCUGGACUUUCUUCCAUGCCUAUUACUACUGCUUCAUCACCUUGACCACUAUUGGCUUUGGAGACUUUGUGGCUCUGCAGAAGAACGAGGCUUUGCAGAAGAAGCCCCCGUACGUGGCUUUCAGCUUCAUGUACAUCCUGGUGGGCCUGACCGUCAUCGGCGCCUUCCUCAACCUGGUGGUGCUGCGCUUCCUCACCAUGAACUCGGAGGACGAGCGGCGCGACGCCGAGGAGCGAGCCUCGCUGAGGAGAGCCCGCAACAACAUCCACCUCAAGCCCAAGGAGGACAGCCGCAGCAGCAACGCCAUUUUUCUCCCUGCAGAGGACAGGACGAGCCAGAUGAACCUGAUCCCACUGGUGCAGGAGGAGGCGGAGAGGCAGCGGCGCCAGUCGGCCGUAUCGGCGGCCGAGGUGCCGUCCUUCUGCACCUGCCUGUGCUACAGACCACAGGUGUGCGGCAGCCCGGCGCCCUCCCACCCCGAGACCCUGAGCUGCCACACCAACCCCGUGUACUACAACUCCAUUUCCUACAAAAUCGACGAGGUGUCCCUGAGCACGCGGGGGCAGACCGGCUCUUCCCCGGGGAGCACUUUGUCCUCCAGCAGCCCCCGCUGCCGGCAGCACCCCCGGCUGCGGAGGAGAUCCAUCUAGGAGUGUGUGCUGAGCCACACUCAGCACUCCAGUCUUACUACGGUGAUAAAUUAAGAACAGAGAUGUCAGGCUCUUCUUACUCAUUUCUUCUGUUCCUCUCCCUCCCCCCAGCAGGAGCCUCUAAAUCCUGUUGGGAAAUAAUGAUUCCUUUUUUGCAGGCACUGAGUGACAUUGUUAGUUUUUCUUUGCUUUUUCCUCCCAAGUAGGUUCAAACAUUUGGGACUGGCAAGAGCCUCCCCCCUCCCACCUCAGUGAGCUGCAGGUUUGCUCUCCCACCUCCCUGCUCCCCAAAGGCUGCAUUGCUGCCCUCCCACCCCG